AUGGUCCAGUAUCAAGACCAAAAGCGACCACCAGAGCAAUACAAGAUGGGCGCCGCGUCUCCCGAAGACACUCUCAUCACAGAGAAAGACACCGAGAAAGCCCUCGAAACAGAAAGAGAAGUCAAUCUCGCAAUCGCUCUCGAUCAUCUUCCAAAUCACCGAAAUCUAGUCAACGAGUCUGUCACCAGCCCCCACGAAGACACUGUCACUUCGGGCACACAAGAUCGACCUCCAUCCCAACAAGUCGUUGCCAUCCGCCAACGCAUAUGGUCCGAAGAUGCACGCCACGCUCGCCGCGUCAGUACACUCCAUCAACAGGCCCAGUCCGAACAAGAACGACACGCAACCAAAGACCGCACCUUCCGCUCCCGUCUUAUCGAACUCGCCAACAAACCACGCGAACGCCUCCGCAUCUCACCAUCCAAGUCCCUCGCAAAUCCCAAGACCACAAACAAUAACAGCGGCCAAGGGGAAAUGAGGCAACAGGAAAGUAAGGUGGCCAAAUGGCUCGAUGGUCUGAGAUCUAUCUCUUCCAUCUCUGAGUUUUGGGGCUCGAGCGAUGAGAGCAGCAGUGUUGAGGUGGUUGCUGCUAAGGAUGCAGUGGGUAGGGGCAAGGGGAUGAGGAUUGUCAGUGAUGGGGUUGAGGAGAGCUCUGCGGCCGUGUUCUACAAUGUGUUUAGAGCUGGCAAGGCGAAGAGCAACUAGAAUGUGGGCAGAGUGGAUUAAGGCUGCAGCCUCAACAUACAGAAAGAUGUAGGCGGAUACCGGAACAGAAGUUGCGACCGAGUAGUCAGGAAAGCACGAUAUCCAUGGAAGGAAGGAAGGAACGAUCAAGAAAAGCAUAUUUGAAGCAGCGAUUGACGAAUGAUUGAAACAACUAAGAGUAUCGUUCAUGGCAAGAGCAGCUCGCAGCCAAAGAAAAUCGGAAUCAAUUACUCCAU